AUGAGUCUCGCAGUCAUAUUAUCGUUCCUUACAGUGUUUUCCACACAAAGUGGAGUCAACUGUGGACUGUUGGAUAUUUUCAACCACAAAUCGGACUACAAUUUAGCUUCAGCGAUCGAUAUAGCAUUUGCUUUAUCAAGAAAUGACAUAGAAUUGCUGCUAACUGGAGAGAUCACUACUCCAAUCGAGGAGGAUGUCACUUUCUGGUGUGGCAAUAGAGAAUCGCCAGAGUUGGAUCAAACAUAUCUAGAUGAUCCAGACAUUCAGCUGAAGAUCAAUUUCACCAAACCGAUCAUGCUCGUAACGCACGGAUGGUUAGAUGACCAUACUAUGAACUGGAUCCAAGAAACGGCCCAGGAUGCUCUCGACAACAUCGAUAUCAACGUUUGCAUCGUAGGAUGGGGUCAUCUGGCAAGGUACCAAUACUACCAGUCAGCCAGGAAGCAUACCCUGCUCGUAUCGGGUUACAUGACCAGAUUCAUCAACUUUCUGAACCUAGAAGGAAUUCCUCUGGAAAAGGUUACUCUGGUGGGUCACAGCUUGGGUGCGCAGAUUUGCGGUCAGGUAGGUUACAACCUCGACGGACAGCUGGGCGAAAUUUAUGGACUAGAUCCUGCUGGACCUCUGUUCACCUUCCCGGUCGACCUUGGACUGCGAUACCGGCUGGAUCAAAGUGACGCCAAAUACGUUCAGAUGAUUAUCACCUCUCGAUACUCGCUGGGUGUUGGAAAAGGCGAUGGCCACGAGAAUUUCUAUCCCAACGGUGGAGAUGCACCGCAACCGAACUGUGUCAUUCCGUUGACGAGCGAUGCCGAAAUGGCCGAUCAGAUAAUUUGCAGCCAUUUGCAUGCCACUUCACUGUUCCGAUUGUCUCUCGAUCCGGCCCUUGUUUUCAAGGGAAGACGGUGCUUCAACUGGAUGUCAUACCGCUUGAAGACGUGCAACCUGAAUCCUGCAGAUGUUAUGGGUGUUUACAGCCAAAAGCUUGAUGGUGAUUUCUACCUGAGGACUUCAGAUGAUUCACCGUAUGUGUACUAA